AUGCAGUCCCCUGCAUUCACCUACCUCCCAACCGAGGAAGACGACGGACGCGAAGUCUUCGACGGGAACUUGCAUCGCAAACCUCCUGCGAGCAACGCUGCAGCAGCCUCGCAGACGAAAGUUUACCCCACGGAGGCGCAAGCUGCGAAGAAGAGUCCUAAUACCAAAGCGAGCCCCCACAGACCGGUAACCACCCAGCGUGCCACUCAGCCGCACACGCCACAAAGCAUUUUCUUUCUCAUCUUGAUCGCCGUAUCGGGUUGCACUAGCUUGGGGUGGACGCUCUGGCUCAUCCUGCUGAACGUUGCUCCGAACGACACGGUGAACCGCGUCAUGAAUACGGAAAACUUCGACUACGGCUCGUUCUGGCUUUUGGUGGACCCCUCGAAGGCGAUGGUGGGGGUGGAGACCUUCGGUCUGUCCGUUGUAGCGCUGGGGUACGUGGGCGUUCUGGUCAAGAUGCUCCCGUGUAUUCGACGCUCGAGACAGAGCUAUCUGGUCCACCGAGUGACCAACCGGUCCUUGAGAGACAAGGUGGAGAAGGCUCUGAACGACGCGGCAGAUUCGAGUAGACGAAGUCGAUUGGCUUCUUCAGCUGCGAGGUUGGCCGUGUCACUUACCCACGAGGACAGCCCGACACGGAAAAUUACCGUUUGGUACAAGUCGCUCUACCAGGCGUUAACCAUUUAUUGUGCGUGUAGAUUCGACUUCCUCAUUAUCGUCGGGUGCCCCAUGCUCGUUGUCUUCUACUGUCUCUCCAGCUUCACCUUCAACCGAGCUCAAUUCCCCAUCAAUCUCAAGGUUUUCCCGGCCGGUUGGUUCGAGCAGGGAGCGAGUGUGAUCGCAGACGCGGAGCAGACAGCAGUUAUUUACGAGAGUCUCAAGUCGCUUCGUAUUAUGACGGCGCUCAGUUUCUUCACUCGAAUUGGAGUUAACCUCACUUUGUGCAUUCGGCUGUGGAAAGUGGUGGACCUCAUCCACGAUCCGAAGAAGCGGUGUACCAGCGUGUACCCGAAGCGCCAUCGGUUCGGAGCUAUUGUUCUCCUCAUUUACGCUGCGUUGCUGAUUGUUUUCGUGGAGGAAAGUAUGAGGACGUCUGCGUUGGCCUGCGAGCCGCACCCCGAGUGUGUAGUCAAGGCAAGACGAUGGACGAUUCUGGAGGAUGAGUCGCUGACCCAGUGCCCGUGUCUGAUGCUGAUCGAUCGCGAUACCGCACCAAAGACUUACGCGGAGUGGGAGAGCCCAAGGAACGUGACGGACAAAGUGGCACAGCUUGCUACUAUGGGCGAGCUACAGACGAUUCAAUUGACGAACCGCUAUUUACCCGUCCUUCCUGAUGAGCUACGUGGCUGCAAGAAUCUUGAGGCAUCUGUACGGUCGCUAGAGUAUACGCACACUCAGACGUUCCCGAUGUGGGUGAAGGAGUUCACCAAGCUCGAAUACUUGCACGUGGAGAGCAAGUUCACGAGUCCGAUGGUGGUUUUACCCGACGAUAUGUUCGAGGACAUGUCGGCUCUGACCUUCAUCCACUUCGCUGCGUUCAUCCCGAUGGCAAAGCUGCCGUCCUUUGAUGGCCUCACUAACCUGAAGUCGCUCACAUUGGCUGUCUUCCUCUUUCUCGAAGAAGUCCCGUCAUUCGACCACCUUCAGAACCUCGAGAGGAUUGUACUAUCGUGCGUAACUGCAAUCGAUAGCGUACCCGACUUCUCCCAGAUCAAGAACCUCAAGUCGUUCGCAGUAUCGGAUCGUGGUGCCUGGUGCUGCAAUGGCUUUCUCGGCCAAUGCGACCUUGCCAACCCCAACUGUGGGGUUCAUCCACUGUGGGGGAGUCCAGUCGUCUCCUGUACGGAUAAACGCGCCUCAGCGGCGACUCUCGCGGCUGUUGAGAAGUUCGACGCCACCACGUGUGGUCCCGUCCUCCAGCCUGGAGUUCUCGAAGACCUGACCUCAUGGCCCCGUGCAAUGGCACAAUGUGGAAGCAGUGCCCUACAGUGGACAACGUCGAGUCGAUGUGCUACAACGCGCGAUUCAUGGCAAUUGCUUAUCGCACAAGGGGUGGGCGAUCCGUGCGAUCCGAAGGAGGAGGCUUGGCUUGGGUGCAAGGAUAGUUGA